AGCCAUUUUGGCUCAGGCCGCACUUUCUCGAAACGACCGCCGCCAGGCCCCCUGCCCGACGCCGCCCCCGAUCAGCCUCCCCUCCAGGGAGCGGUUCCAGGGCCUCUGCGGGGAUGCCGGCCAGCGCCGCCGCUCGCCGCAGGAGCCUCGUGCCGGCCUCGCUGGCGGCAGCCGCCGCCCUGGCCGCCGUCUCGCGCACCUUCGUCGCGCCCUCGGCGGCGCCCGCGGGGCGCUCCUCGCGGACGGCCGCGCGCGGCUUCAAGGAGGACUUCGAGGCGUGGAGGGGCUCCCUCACGCCAGAGGAGAGCACCAUGCUGAAGAAGCAGGCGGCGGGGGAGUUCAACAAGAAGUUCCGCAAGUCCGACGAGUUCAAGAAGGACCUGCCGGACGAGAAGGUGCAGUCCUUCUCGAAGAUCCUCGGCAAGUUCUUCGAGGCGGAGGCCGACGACUACAAGAAGGAGCCGGGGUCUGAGGCCCCAGACCCUGACGGCCUGCUGUUCAAGGGCACCGAGUCCAAGAUGGACUUCAGGCUGAAGAGCCGGAUCGUCGAGAUCGACCGCGACGCGGAGCGCCGCUACCAUUUCGCCGCGUUGAGGACCACGCACGCCGCGUACAGGGGGGAGUUUUGGCCGAGCAGCUCCCCGAUGAAGGACGUGUACUAUUUCCAGAACAAUGACACGGACUCGCACGACAUGUUGGUGAAGGCGGUCGAGAAUGCGGGGGUUCCUGUGGAGGUUCCUCCGGUCGGCGAGAGGUUCAGCCUGGUGCUUCCCAGAUGCUUGUUUCAAGAUAUCAACGAGGUCGGCGCCAAUCUCAUUGCCUGGAAGGAGCAGUUUGGCGUGUCGGAUGACGACUACAAAAAGGCGGUCGAGAAGGUCACCACCGACCUGAUUUUGGGAUACUAUAAGGCCCGCGAGACGAUUGAGAAGGACGUCACGGACAUGAAGAAUUUCUUCAAGUCUCAGUCGAAGGAUUUGUACAAGACCAAGGCCGAUGUCAUGAAGGAAAUCUGGAGGGUGUUCGAGGAGAAGUCCGGCAAGAAGAUGCCCCCACUGGACGAGGAGUUUCUGGCGGAUCUCGAGAAGAUCCCUGCCGUGGACGAGAUCUCGUUCAGGCACCCCUGGGGUAUCGCUGACAAGCUGUACAAGUCGGAGGCUAUCGACGCCUUUGGCUUCAAGUACCUGCUCGGCGUCUUCGAGACCGUCCCGGAGGCCGAGGCGGCCUUCGACAGCUGGAACGCCGAGUUCGACCAGGCGCGCGCGGACAUGGAGAACGAGCUGGGCCAGUGGAGCAAGCAGGAGCAGGCGCGCCUCGACGCCGACACCGCUGGCCAGGAGGCCAUGAAGGUCGUGAUGGAGCAGGGCAGGGCCUGAGGGCCUCGGCCAGGCCCCGCCCCGCGCGGGGCACGACGGCGGCCGAGCGCCGCGAUUUUUGCCGAGGGCGCCGCCGCUCGCCCUCGAGCCCUCAGAGUCGGUUCCCGAGAGCCUCCGCCCGCCUCCGCGCCGCCGCGGUGAGCGCCCGUCCUGAUUGAUGGGCUUGUUGUCCACCACCACCACCAGAAGUUGGAGGGGGAGGGGGUUCUCCUCCUCCACGUCCUCCUCCUCCUCCUCCACCUCCUCCUCCUCCUCGUCCUCCUCCUUCUCCUCCUCGUCCUCCACCUCCUUCCCCCUCCAACUUGUGGUGGUGGUGGAAGAAAACAGGACCAUCACUGAUGGGCGGGCUGGUUUUGAGCGGAGGCCCCGAAGACGAGUCUCUGCCACCGUGUGCCGGGCUUCUCCGCGGCGCGCACAAUGUGGAACGGGGAUAUGCGGGCCGCCAAUCUUCGGCGCGCCUUGGCACGGAAUUCGGCGGCAAGGUUUUUUGACCCAGGUCGCGCUGUUCGCCUUCGCUGGGCGGAGCUCCUCCUCCUCCUGCCUGCUGGCCCCCAGGACGCGCGCCUCCGCCUCUCGGGUCGUCUUCCUCCUGCCGCGCGUCCAGCUGCCGCCCCCCCCCCCCACGUCCGUCGCGCCCCGUGGAGCGCCGCGCCCCCGCCUGGCCGCGCCGCCGCC